AUGGCGCUCAAGCUGAUCUGGGUGCCGGCUGUUCUGACUCUGCUGAUAAAAGAAUGUGGUCAGCCCUCACUCAACACCAGGAUUGUUGGAGGAGCGGCAGCUCCACCAGGCAGCUGGCCCUGGCAGGUCAGUCUGCACACAUCUCGCCACUUCUGUGGAGGAUCUCUGAUCAACGACCAGUGGGUGCUGAGUGCUGCUCAUUGCUUCCAAGGGAGCACUGGUACCCCAUCUGCUUUGACAGUAUAUCUGGGUCGUCAGAGUCAGGAAGGAUCCAACCCAAAUGAAGUUGAUCGGAAAGUAGCACAGAUCAUUAAUCACCCUGACUACAACUCAAGAACUUCCAACAAUGAUAUUGCACUACUGAAGCUUUCUAAACCAGUGAAUUUCACCAGUUAUAUCUCACCAGUCUGCCUAGCCGCCUCAGACAGCACCUUCUCCAGUGGGAUUAACACCUGGAUCACUGGCUGGGGCACCAUUGGAAGUGGAGCCCCUCUUCCAUCUCCUCAAAAUCUGAUGGAGGUGGAGGUGCCGGUUGUGGGGAACAGUCAGUGCGCGUCUAGCUACGGAGAGAGCAGCAUUACUGACAACAUGAUAUGUGCCGGGUUACUAGAGGGAGGCAAGGAUUCCUGUCAGGGGGAUUCAGGAGGUCCGAUGGUGAGCAAGCAGGGUGACCGCUGGAUUCAAGCAGGAAUUGUAAGUUUUGGAAGAGGAUGUGCUGAGCCAAAUUUCCCAGGAGUCUACACCAGAGUAUCCCAGUAUGAGAGCUGGAUCAACGGUGUGAUCAACAAUAACCAGCCGGGCUUCAUUAGCGUCACAUCCAGUGGGAUUGGCGGUGACCUCAAUGCUACCACUAAAACUCCAACAACUCUGGCAACACCAACUCCACCUGAACAGUGUGGUCUGGCACCGCUCAACACCAGGAUUGUUGGAGGAGAGGACGCUCGUCCAGGCAGCUGGCCCUGGCAGGUCAGUCUGCACAACUUUGAUCACUUCUGUGGAGGAUCUCUGAUUACCGACCAGUGGGUCCUGACUGCUGCUCACUGCGUCCAAGGGAUCUAUAGCCCUGCUUAUCUGACAGUGUAUCUGGGCCGUGAGGUUCAGAGCGGAUCUAACCCAAACGAAGUCUCCCGGACAGUAUCACAGAUCAUUAUUCAUCCUGACUACAACUCACCAAUUUUCAACAAUGACAUCGCCCUCCUCAAGAUGUCUGAACCAGUGAAGUUCACUAGCUAUAUCUCACCUAUCUGCCUGGCAGCCUACAACAGCACCUUUCACAGCGGGCUUGACUCCUGGGUCACUGGCUGGGGAAACAUUGGAUUUGGAGUCUAUGCAAGAGUGUCCCAGUUUGAGAACUGGAUCAAAAGCCACAUCAAGGGGAACCAGCCGGGCUUUCUCGCCUAUGUGUCAAACGGGACAGAAGAUGUCCACAACUCUUCCUGUGAAUCGCCCGUUGUCACCUCGACAAUAAACAUAUCUGAAGUAUGUGGUCAGCCAGCACUCAACACCAGGAUUGUUGGAGGAGAGGAAGCUCCUCCAGGCAGCUGGCCCUGGCAGGUCAGUCUGCACAUCUUUGGCCACAUCUGUGGAGGAUCUCUGAUAAACGACCAGUGGGUGCUGACUGCUGCUCAAUGUGUCAAUUGGAUUGGUAGCAACCCAGCUGGUCUCAAGGUGUACCUGGGACGGCAGAGUCAGGAGGGAUCCAACCCAAAUGAAGUCGUUCGGAGGGUAUCAAGGAUCAUUUAUCAUCCUGACUACUAUUAUGGUUCUGACAAUGACAUUGCCCUCCUGAAGCUGUUCACACCAGUGAAUUUCACCAGUUACAUCUCCCCGGUCUGCCUGGCGGCCUCAAACAGCACCUUCUACAGUGGAGUGAAAUCCUGGGUUACUGGCUGGGGAAACACUGGAUAUUAUAUCUAUGCAAGAGUGUCCCAGUACAACAACUGGAUCAACAGUCACAUCACCAGAAACCAGCCGGGCUUCAUCCACUUUUCAUCCAACAAGACCGAAAUAUGUGGUCAGCCAGCACUCAACACCAGGAUUGUUGGAGGAGAGGAAGCUCCUCCAGGCAGCUGGCCCUGGCAGGUCAGUCUGCACACCUUUGGCCACAUCUGUGGAGGAUCUUUGAUCAACGACCAGUGGGUGAUGACUGCUGCUCACUGUGUAGUUUGGUAA